UAUCUGUUCCACCAGACAGUGGCUUUAGUGCUCCUGGUGGUGUUGGUGUCGUGGGCAGCUGCCCAGGGUGACUACGGCUACCAGGCCCCGUCAGUAAGGGGACCCGACUUUGCCUCCGGCCCCGCCCAGUACAACUUCCAGUGGGACGUCAACGAUGCACCGUCAGGUAACUUCUUCGGCCACCAGGAGGAGAGGGACGGCGACAUCACCAGAGGCAGUUACUAUGUGCAGCUGCCUGACUCUCGUCUCAUGCGGGUUGACUACUACGUUGACAGCACCGGCUAUCAUCCCACCAUCACCUUCGAGGGAGAGGCCCAGUUUCCCAGCGGUCCUGCAAGUGUUUACUCCCAGCCCGCUCAAGCUCCUAGGCAAGUGUUUCCACAGCCCGCCCCAGCUCCUAGGCAAGUGUUCUCUCACCCCAUCCAGGCUCCUAGACAGGUGUUCUCUCAGCCUGCCCCAGCUCCUCUACAGCCUGUCCCAGCUCCCUCGCAGUUAUACUCAGCACCAGGAAAAUAAUUCUUUACUAAGAAUUGAACAGUAAUUUCCGUACCGUUUACUCAUCGACCCAACAACUGCGGCUGUACAUACUUAACGCAGCUUCACGGCGCCCAGUGAACUAUUAUAUUUAAGCAACAACGCGUCUCUCCCGCCCAUCACUCUCUUCUGUUAUGCUGAAGGAUAAAUGCCGCGUGAGAUACUCUAACGUGUCCUACAGAGAAACACCUCCGCUGCCAUGA